AUGGCCACUAUCGUCGAUACAAUGACAUUGUCGGAUAGGCAAAGAAAGCCAAAGGAUCCUAAUUUACCUCCAGAGAAUGAAAGAUACUUGAGAGCAUGUUCAGAUAUUGCUAGUGCAUUAGUACAGGAUCAUGAAUCUCAACAGGAUCCAAAUGCGCCGAGGAAGGAUAUCAAUUUGAAUAGUUUAAGGGCCAAAAUGUCGAAACGUCACAGGCUCAGUAAUAUUCCACCAUUGACUGCUAUUAUUGCCGCUAUUCCAGAACACUAUAAGAAAUAUAUUCUUCCAAAGUUAAUCGCAAAACCAAUUAGGAGUGCUUCUGGUAUUGCGGUUGUCGCUGUUAUGUGUAAACCACAUCGAUGUCCUCACAUUGCAUACACAGGAAAUAUUUGUGUUUAUUGUCCUGGUGGACCUGAUUCCGAUUUCGAAUAUUCUACACAAUCGUAUACCGGUUAUGAACCUACGUCAAUGAGAGCUAUUCGAGCACGAUAUGAUCCUUUUGAACAAGCCCGAGGAAGAGUAGAUCAAAUUAAAUCUCUAGGUCACAGCGUCGACAAGGUUGAAUACAUUAUCAUGGGUGGUACUUUCAUGUCAUUAUCUGAAAGUUACAGAGAUGGGUUUAUCUCCCAGUUACACAACGCGCUUAGUGGAUAUCAAGGAAAUAAUGUAGAUGAAGCAGUUCAAGCUGGUGAGAUGAGCAACAUCAAAUGUGUCGGUAUCACAAUUGAAACUCGACCGGAUUAUUGUUUACAACCACAUUUAUCUGCUAUGCUAAGAUAUGGUUGCACCCGUCUAGAAAUUGGCGUACAAUCUCUAUACGAAGACGUUGCUCGAGAUACCAACAGAGGUCACACAGUGGCUUCAGUCGCAGAAACAUUUUGUUUAGCAAAGGACGCUGGCUUUAAAGUUGUUAGCCAUAUGAUGCCAGAUUUACCCAAUGUUGGAAUGGAGAGAGAUUUGGAUCAAUUCAGAGAAUAUUUCGAAAAUCCGGCCUUUAGAACCGAUGGUCUCAAAAUUUACCCAACAUUGGUCAUUCGUGGAACUGGUUUAUACGAACUCUGGAGAACUGGCAGAUAUAAGAACUACACACCAAAUGCCCUGAUCGAUAUAGUUGCUCGCAUCCUCGCUCUCGUACCACCAUGGACUCGUAUUUAUCGUGUUCAAAGAGAUAUUCCAAUGCCUUUGGUCACAUCUGGUGUUGAGAAUGGAAAUCUUCGAGAGCUUGCGUUGAGUAGAAUGAAGGACUUUGGUACUACUUGCCGUGAUGUUCGAACUCGUGAAGUUGGUAUCAAUGAGGUUAAGAAUAAGAUUCGUCCUUCUCAGGUCGAACUUGUCCGAAGAGAUUAUACCGCAAAUAAAGGAUGGGAGACAUUCUUAGCAUACGAAGAUCCAAAGCAAGAUAUUCUUAUCGGAUUACUUCGUUUGAGAAAGUGUUCUAAAACACACACUUUUAGACCCGAGCUUACCGGACAACCUACCAGUAUAAUUCGUGAGCUUCACGUUUAUGGCUCAGCUGUUCCAGUGCAUGCUCGUGAUCCAAGAAAGUUUCAACAUCAAGGUUAUGGUACAUUACUCAUGGAAGAAGCUGAGAGGAUUGCCCGAAAUGAGCAUGGAAGUACAAAGAUAAGUGUCAUUAGUGGUGUUGGUACAAGAGAUUAUUAUCGAAGAUUAGGCUAUUGGUUGGAUGGUCCUUACAUGAGUAAGAUGCUACCACCAAAGGAUGACGAGGAUAGUGAUGAUGACUUUUGA